AUGGCUCCGAGUGAUAAGUUGUCGCUGCCUCAGUCGAGGCUGACCACCAUCUUAGUCAACAAUUUGCACUGCCCGUCGUGCGUGACAAACGUCGAGGAGACUCUUUCAGCUCUAAAGCCGCCUCCUUUUUCCAUUUCGACAUCUAUUCUUCGACAUGAGAUCGAAAUCGUGCACUCCGUUACGCUUAGCGCCGACCGCAUCGUACGCGCUCUAGAGGAUGUUGCCUUCGAGGUUGACAGUGUUAUUCCCGAUGCCAGCGAGGGUGAUAUCGAGGCCAACGCCGCAGAAGCUCAAAGAAGAAGCUCCCGUGGCGAGCUCGAACACGACGUCCUUGCUCAGUCCGAAUUGCACCUCUCAAAAUGCGACGCAUGUUCCGCACAGCUCGAUAUGCUGUCGUCGAAGACGUCCUCUACCGUUCACAAGGAAGCAGUCGCCGACAAAAAAGAUCAGCUCGGUCGACACGUCGGUCAGACAAAAGAAGAAGCGCUCGUGUCCGUUAUGGAUGACCACCUCAUCGACACUCGGGCGCGAGUCACAUUGUCCGUCAGUGGGAUGUCAUGCAGCUCCUGUGUGAGCAAGAUCACCGGGGUCUUGCAAACUCGACCGUGGGUACAAUCGGCCGACGUCAAUCUCUUGACGAACAGUGCCGUUGUCAUGCUCCUGGAUAAGUCGCACAUAGAUGAGUUGCUCGAGACGGUUAGGGAAACGGGUUAUACCACGGAGUUGAUCGAAUGUGAGGAGAUCCGACUCCAGCAGCCAUCGAGUGCGUCCGGACUGGAAGACACGUGGCGAGCUUCGUACGUCAUCCAAGGCAUGACCUGUAGCUCCUGCGUCGGGAAAGUGACCGACACGCUGAAACAGUACGGGUGGAUCACCACAGUGGAUGUGAACCUCAUCUCCGCUAGUGCGAUGGUGGAGUUCCAAGGGAAGGACCACCUGGACGAGAUUCCUGGCAUUAUCAACAGCCUUGGUUACACGGCCACCCUCGGCGACGUCGAGAGCAGAGCCACAUCUAGUCAACCCAGCUCGAAGCGGUCGGUGACCAUCCAGGUGGAGGGGAUGCACUGUCCACGCUGUCCACAGCGGAUUCUCGAUGCCCUCGCCGUCUACUCGGACAGAUUAAAAGUGACCGCGCCUCCUAGCAAGACACAGCCGAAGAUUACUGUGAGCUAUCUGCCUGAGGCGCCAAAAUUUACCAUCCGACAUAUCAUGAGCACGAUUGCCGAUAUCGAUAAAGCCUUUACCGUUUCAGUGUACCACCCUCCGAGCCUUGAGGAACGCUCUCAGGCGAUGCAUCGCCGGCAUCAAUGGCAUAUCGCUCGCCGGUUGAUUUUGGCCGUGCUAGCUGCCAUCCCGACUUUUAUCAUCGGUGUGGUGUAUAUGUCCCUGGUCAACAACGACAAUCCCGGUCGGAUUUACCUCGAGGAGCCUAUGUGGUCAGGUGAAGCAUCACGCUCUGAGUGGGCGCUCUUCAUCACGUCGAGUCCUGUCUAUUUCUUCGCUGCAGACAUUUUCCACCGCCGCAUGCUCACCGAGCUCAAGGCGCUCUGGCGACCCGGAAGCAAAACUCCUAUCUUGCGUAGAUUCUAUCGCUUUGGAAGUAUGGAUAUGCUUAUGUCACUGGGCACUAGCAUCGCCUACUUCUCCUCCAUCGCUAUCCUGGCCAUCAAUGCCUCGCAGCCACACGGUAGCCCCAAAGCUUCUCAUACCGGCUCGUACUUCGAUGCGGUUGUUUUUUUGACCAUGUUCCUACUGAUCGGCCGGUUGCUCGAGGCCUACAGCAAAGCCAAAGCGGGAAAUGCAGUUAGCCUCCUGGGCAAGCUGCGCCCGACAGAGGCCACACUUGUGGACACGGCCGGAGCGGGUAGCCUCUCCGCCUCUGCGAAUUCCAGCACAGUUCCAAUCGACCAACUGGAGUUCGGAGAUGUGGUGCGGGUGGCGAACGGUGCCUCACCUCCGUAUGACGGAACGGUGAUCAACGGAGAGUCACAGUUUGAUGAGUCGAGUCUGACUGGGGAAUCAAGACCGGUCUCCAAGUCCAUUGGAGACGAAGUUUUUUCGGGAACAGUCAACCAGGCAAACCCGGUCUUGGUCCGUGUCACCCAUCUUUCAGGCGACUCGAUGUUGGAUCAGAUCAUCAACACCGUUCGCCAGGGGCAGGUCCGUCGAGCGCCAAUCGAGCGCACGGCAGACUUGAUUACGGGGUUUUUUGUUCCCGUCAUCACCCUCAUCGCGGUGUUGGACUGGGUGAUUUGGCUAGGCCUUGGUGUCUCCAGCCGGUUGCCCGACUCCUGGAAGGCCAACACUCCGGGAGGCUGGGGUUUCUGGUCGUUGCAAUUCGCCAUCUCAGUUUUUGUUGUCGCGUGCCCCUGUGGUAUCGGACUCGCAGCGCCGACGGCCCUUUUUGUCGGUGGUGGUCUCGCGGCUCAGCAUGGGAUCCUCGUCAAAGGUGGGGGUGAAGCCUUCCAGGAGGCCAGCCAGCUUGACUGCAUCGUCUUCGAUAAGACCGGCACCAUUACCAAGGGCGGCGAACCUUCUAUCACUGAUCAUGAGGUAACACAUAGCGCAGGCGUCGAUGAUCUUUGGGGCGCCGUUAUGGAGCUCGAACAGAACAGCAAUCACCCGAUUGCUAAGGCGGUUGUGAUUUUUACCGCCUCCAAGCUAGCACCGGUCCUCAAAGCGAUUAUGGUGGAUGAAAUACCAGGAAAGGGUAUGAAAGGCUCAUUCGGCGCUCGCAAUCGGGUCUCAUCUGUCCUGGAAGUCAUCGUGGGCAAUGAGGCCUUGAUGCAAGAUCACGGAAUCGUCAUCCCUUCGGCCAGUGCCGAAAAAUUGAGCGCCUGGAAGCGCCAGGCCAAGUCUGUGGUCCUGGUAGGGCACAGAAUCCGCCCGGAGCAAUCAGCCACCGAAAUAGUCCCCUGGAAGCUCUCCAUCAUGUUGGCAGUAGCCGACCCCAUCCGGAUCGAGGCCAAGGGGACCAUCAAGGCUAUCCAGGAUCGGGGUAUCGCGGUGUGGAUGAUAUCAGGAGAUAACCCGACGACCGCGCAUGCGGUGGGCAGCAUGGUCGGAAUCCCGCCAGAGAACAUCCUUGCCGGUAUUCUGCCCGAGCAAAAGGCAGAAAAGAUUCGAUAUCUCCAGAACACCCUACAGAAGGAAACAGGCUCCGCCCGGGCACUUGUCGCGAUGGUUGGUGAUGGGGUUAACGAUUCGCCUGCGCUAACCGCGGCCGACGUCGGCAUUGCAAUUGGUUCAGGGUCGGACAUUGCGAUCUCGGCUGCAGAGUUUGUCCUCGUGUCUUCUCGUCUCUCUUCUCUCCUGACGCUCAUCGAUCUAAGCCGCGUCGUUUUCCGCCGGAUCAAGUUUAACUUCGUCUGGGCGCUGGUUUACAACUGCAUUGCCGUGCCAGUCGCUGCGGGAGUGUUUUACCCAAUCGUCAGCAACGGCAGCCAUGUCCGGUUGGAUCCAGUCUGGUCCAGCCUCGCGAUGGCAUUGAGCAGUGUCAGUGUCGUAUCCAGCAGUCUUUUGAUGAAGGCUCGACUGCCACUGGUCGGUUUCAGAUCGGAUGAUUGA